UUUAUUUUUUUCAUAUAAAUGGCUGAUUUCUUGAGAGAUUUCUUGAUUGGUGGUGUUUCUGCUGCUGUUUCAAAGACUGCUGUUGCUCCAAUUGAAAGAGUCAAAUUGUUACUCUAAACCUAAGAUGCAAAUAAAAAAAUUUAAGAAGGAGGUGCCAAGAAAUACAAUGGUAUUGUUGAUUGCUUCAUCAGAGUCCCAAAGGAAGAAGGUUUAUCAGCUUUAUGGAGAGGUAAUUUGGCCAAUGUCAUCAGAUAUUUCCCAACUUAAGCAUUGAACUUUGCCUUCAAAGAUGCCUACAAGAAGCUUCUCUGUCCAUUUGACCCAAAGAAGGAGAAAUUCCUCUUUUUCUUAGGAAAUAUGGCUUCAGGUGGUGCAGCCGGUGCAACAUCUUUGAUGGUUGUUUAUCCACUCGAUUUUGCAAGAACAAGAUUAGCUGCAGAUAUUGGUAAGAAGUCUGAGAGACAAUUCGCUGGCUUAUCAGAUUGUUUGAGUAAAGUAUAUAAAUCAGAUGGAUUCAUCGGAUUGUAUAGAGGAUUUGGAGUUUCAGUUUUAGGAAUUGUGGUAUAUAGAGGAGUCUAUUUUGGUACAUAUGACACAGCAAAGGGAAACAAUCUUUAAACAUCCAAUGAUGGGGUAACAUUUUAGCCAAAUUCAUUGUUGCCUAAUUCAUUACAGGAACAGCUGGUGUUAUUUCUUAUCCAUUAGAUACAAUCAGAAGAAGAAUGAUGA